AUGGAUGACCAGCUCCUUCCUAAUCCUUUAUUUCUGCCAACAGAGGGUCAGAAGUCUACCUGGGAUGACGUGAUCACUACUGCUAAGAAUCUAAGUCACCAACAAGAAUUAGAGCAGAAUAAUGAUGAGGCUCUCCAUCAACUCCAGCAGGAGAUGGAUAAACAAACCCUUGCAUUUUGCCUUGAGAUUAUCCAACAGUCAGUCUCUUUGCGAGCCUUUAACUCUAUCCUGAUCUGGAUCCUAGCCCUUUCUAUCCUAGAACAACAGAACCAUCCUACUCAGGAUCUUGGAGAUAUUAUUAUUAGACACCGCGAUCGAUGGCUACUCAAUGAUACCAAGGGACCCGUGGCGGAGCUACUGGAGAAUCGACUGUAUGCAUUCCGGAUUGCAAUGAGUGAGGUCCCCCCUGCUCAAGUACGAUGGGAUCGAGAGGGCCAAGUCAUUACAUUCCAAGAUGUAAGUCUGUCCUUGUUGGAACUCUCUCGACUGAUCCGCGAGGGCAUCUCUACCGCGCAGGCCAUCUUCGAGCAAGAGUUGUGUUUAUCCGGCCCAGCACGGCCGGCUACUGAGAUCCCUCAAUUUGAUCUUAGUAAUCUGAUGGAUAACUGGGAUGCUACACAAGCUGGUGCAUCCUUUCUCACAGAUUCUCGCAAUCAUGCCUACGUAGUACCCUAUCAGGACUGGCUCUUCCAUCGAGUCAGUCAGGAUGCAGUUCUGUUUCCAAUCUUUUGGGAGUUGGGUGUUGAUCAGACCUGGCGGAUCUCACCCAAGAUGGUAGAACAGUACGAAGCAACUAUCCAGCGAUUCCUAGAGGCUUUACUCGUCCCCUUCUUUAUUGGAUCUGGCCAGCAAGCGCGACGCACUGAGUUCCUAGGAAUUCGAUGGCGCAACACCCUCCUGCAUACUCGCGAUCUCUUCCUCCAUGAUGGUCAAAUGCUCUUUAUUCUGGAUUAUCAUAAGAGUCGUCAUCGUACUAAUGCCUCUCGAUGGCCCGCCCGGUUUCUUCUCCCAGAAGUAGGACACUUAGUUACGCAGUUUCUCAUCUUAAUUAUGCCCUUCCGACAGUGGUUACAGCACCAGGUGCAAACUAUGCAUUCUUCCACAUCCACUCCACUCUGUGACUACCUGUGGGCCUCUACGACAAAGCCUUGGUCUGAUAAUCAUCUUACGCGGACCGUGAUCCGGACUGGAGAGCAGAUCCUUGGUAAGAAGAUUCAUAUUCGAGCCUGGCGCCAGAUCACUGUUGGGAUUGCCAUUAAGAAGUUUAGAACUCUUGCGUCACAGUUUAUUGAGGAUUCUCUUGAUAAUGAAGAUGACCUUAUAGAGGAUCACAAUGGCAGUAUGGCUGCGGUAUUCCAUUAUCAGGCUGCACAUACACCUCAUACUGGGAAUCAGAUCUAUGGAGGGACCAUCAAUUUUCGAGCCGGUCUCACCGAUGCUGGUCUUCAAGAAUUCCGCCAAGCUAGCGAGAUCUGGCAUCAAUUAAUCAAACAGCCCUCGCAGUACUCUACACCUAGCUUAUUAAAAAGACGACUGCCUGCUGUAUUCACUCAGUCCUUGCAACCAGCCAACGUCAAUAUAGAGUGGGAAUGGGAUGAGAGUCCUUCCAAGCGAGUGCGGAGUGAGGCAACUGAGUCCACACUAGUUCAACGAUUUCAUCGUUGCCACGAACCACGACAGAGUCAACAGCGCUGGACUAUGGAGCAGGCGCAGACCAUUCUAAAGCGCAUGUAUGGACCAGAAGCGCAGUAUCGAACCAGUAAUCAGCAACAAGCCUUGCAGUAUAUCAUCCAGGGUUUUAGUCAAGUGGUUGCAGUUCUUCGAACAAAUGAGGGCAAGAGCCUACUCUAUCUUCUGCCCUGCCAGCUUCCUGGUGCACGAACAACCGUGGUAGUGCUCCCUUUAUUGGUCCUCAAGCAGGACAUGCUCCUUCGAUGUCAGAAUGCUGGAAUUAAGGUGACCAUCUGGAAUCAGCAGGAUGAAUCCAGGCACCUUGGAUCGAGUCCACUGAUCCUAGUAAGCGCUGAGCAGGCAGUACAUAUCAACUUCCGAACCUUUCUUCUUCGGCUACAGCUUGCCAAUCAACUUGAUCGUGUUGUAUUUGAUGAGUGUCAUCUGACUCUGACCGCCUCUUCUUACCGCAAGGGACUGGCCUUGCUUCCUACGUUACGCGAUAUUCAGUGUCAGAUGGUCUUCCUCACUGGCACGCUACCACCAGUCAUGAUGGCAGAAUUUGAGCAAACCAUGCUACUCUCUCAGGCACGAUUGAUCCGUAGCCUCACCACUCGCCGUGAUCUAUCCUAUCAGGUCGUUUCCUGCCCUAUGGAUCAGGACUUCUUCAAGUUUGCAAUUCCUUGGAUCCAGCAAGAGCGUACCCAACUAGACUCUCAAGAGCGUGCAAUUCUCUACUGCCAAACCCAAGCGAUUACAGAGAAAGUGGCUACGAUUCUUGCAUGUCCCUUCUACCAUGCUGAUUCUGGGACUCGUGAAGAGAAGGCGCAAACCCUCGAGACGUGGCGUAAUGGAAAUCCAAAUUGGAUUGUUGCCACUUCUGCCUUUGGAAUGGGAAUUGAUCAUCCACGAGUCCGCCUUGUUAUCCAUCUUGGAGCUCCAUCCAGUCUCAUUGAGUUUACGCAGGAGGUAGGCCGCCUAGGACGUGACCAACAGGGCGGUCGUUCUAUUACCUUACUCCCUCCCUCAUGGAGUAUUACCAAGUCGAGCCGACCAGGCCAUAUGAUCUCGUCUGAUGUACAGGCUAUGCAUGCUGUUUUAGAUCAGCCGAACUGUCGAGUCGCUGCGAUGAGCUCCUUCCUCGAUGGGGCUGCAGUGGCCUGCAGCGCGCCUGAUCCUCUCUGUGAUCAAUGUCGCUUCCGUCAAGAGAAUCCUGAAUCUUCUUCGACUGAUCCUACUACGACCUGCUCGCCUAAUCCAGAGGAGAACGUCGACUGCGAUCUGACUAUUGGGUCUCAGAUGCGAAUCCAGCAGAUCCAGCAGGAGAGCCAGCAAUUACAGCAGUAUGAGGAUUCCCUAACCAAAAUAGCCGAUUGUCUUUGGACCAAAUACAAUCAGGGUUCGGGUUAG